GAGGAGGAGGAGGAAGGGGGUGGGUGCUGUCACGCUGGUCCCUGACAUCGCUGAUACUACGGCAACGGGCACGCGCAUCGCGCAGACUCACGCGCGCGUCCAUCGCGAGCGCGCGCGCGCACAGUGAGAGACUCCCCCCCCACCACCCUGUUCCUCCCUCCAUCUCUCUCUCUCGCGCGCGCGAGUUCCACGCAUUUCCCUCCGCCGUCUCCGCCUUCUGCCGCUUGUCUCAUGGAUAAUGCGACCAUGAGCUCCUUCUUGGAAUACUACAGCGGUGGCGGUGGUGGUGGUGGCGGCGGUGGUGGUUGUGGUAUCAGCAGUGAGUCCACGGCGUUCGCGUCGGCCCAUUACGACCCCGACGUGGCGUGCGCCCAGAGCGCAGACGACGCGACGAAUAGAUUCCUCAUUGGCAUCAACUACAACCACUACAACCACCACAACCACCACCAGCACCACCACAACCACCACCAGCAGCAACACAACCACCACCACCACCACAGCGACAACCACCACCACUACCAACAGCAUCAACAGCAGAACCACAACCGCUACGCGAUCUCUCCUCCUCCUCCUCAUCCGUUCCACGCUGUGUGCCAGUCUGGAUAUCUGACACCACCACCGCCGCCACCACCACCACCAAUCGCUUACGGUGGUGGUGGUGGUGUCGGCGUCGGUGGUGGCCCCGGUGGCUGCGGCCUCUACCUCGACGCAGAAGCUCCCACGGCGACCUCCACCACGGCGACGACGGAGGCGACCUCGGCGGCCGAGACGCGUGGCUCCCGUGCCCCCGUCGCCCUCCUCGAGCCUCGCUCCUGCCGAGACUCCUCGACGGGGCCCGGCGCGGUGUUCGCCACGGGGGCGACUCGCUACGGCCUCUGUUGCCUCCGACUGUCGCCCUCGCCGCCGCUGUCGCUGGCGACGUUCGACUUCCAGUCGACGAACUUGGAGCCGCAGCCGUCUUCGUCAGAGUCGUCGUCGUCUUCGUCUUCGUCGUCUUCGUCGUCUUCGUCAGAGUCGUCGUGCUCGCCGCUCUUCCUCCAGUCGCACACCUUCGACUGGAUGAGGGUCAGGCGCAACCCGCCCAAAGCUGUGGCUAACCCCAUCGGCAGUGGCGGGGUCAACCGCUUUGGCGACGGCGGCGUUGUUGUUGUUGGUGGUGGCCUUGGUGGUGGCCUUGGUGGUGUCGUUGGGCCUUCUCUGCCCCUCGUGGCCGGCGGGACGCUCCUGGGCGCCGCUCCACGCACUAACUUCAGCACGAGGCAGCUGACCGAGCUGGAGAAGGAGUUCCACUUCAGCCGCUACCUGACGCGCGCGCGACGCGUCGAGGUGGCCGCCGCCCUGCAGCUGCACGAGGCCCAGGUCAAGAUCUGGUUCCAGAACCGGCGGAUGAAGCAGAAGAAGCGCGAUAAGGAGGUGGCGGUGGCGGUGGCGGUGGUGGCGGCGGUGGUCGCGACGAGCGACGGCAGCGAGGUGUCGUCGACGUCGCCGGGACGAGUGAGCGGUGCCGGCGAGGCUGCGGUGUCACCUCCCGUUGCGCAGCAGAAGCUGCAGCAGCAGCAGCAGGAGCAGCAGCAGGAGCAGCAGCAGCAGGAGCAGCAGCAGCAGCAGCUGGAGCAGCCAGAGUCGGGACUUGAGCUGGAGCCAAGCGGCGGCGGCGGCGAUGAAAGUUGGGAGAUCAAUUCGGAAAAUUCGCCGGCUGCGUCUUCUCCACGCUCGAUCGCCCCCUCUCCUCCUGCUCCUCCUCGUGCUCCUCCUGCCGCUCCGCAGUUUUCACCCAGGGCGUGA